GCUGACUCCACAUUCCUUUUCUGUUCCCUUCUCUCCAAGUUCUGGAGCUGAAAGAAAAGAGCACGUACAGUAGGGAGGAUAGCAGCAGACAAAAAAUAAUAAUCAAAGACGAUCACUGAAGGGCACAGACUCAAAGAGACAGAGGCUGAAGGGGUCGUUUGUACACGGGAUACUCGACUCUCCCCGUAUUUUCCAGCAGCCAUGGUCUUCCUCCUAAUAUCCCUGACUGUGCUACAUCUGGUCACCUUGGCCAUGCUCAUCAUCGCCACCCUGGAGAAGUCCUGGUGGAUAUGGGCCGAUUCAGAAAUCUCAGACCUCUGGUACAACUGCUUCCAUGAUAAUGCCACAAAGACCUGGCUGUGCGCUGCUUCAAAUGAAAGCGACUGGCUGCAGUCUGUCCAGGCCCUCAUGGUCCUCUCCGUGGUCUUCUCCUCCAUCUCCUUCCUGGUGUUUGUGGGCCAGCUGGUCACCAUGUCCGUGGGAGGACUCUUCUACUUCACGGGCCUCUGCCAGGCCUUUGCAGGUUUCACAGACUUUGCCGGCUGCCUCAUUUUCACCUUCCACAGAAAGGAGAUCCUGGAUGACUCCAGAGAUCUGAGCAAAGGACACUUUGGCUACUGCUUCAUCUUGGCCUGGCUGUGUGUCCCUUUGCUCCUGGUCAGCGGAGUCCUGUAUGUCCACCUGCGCAAGAAGCAGUGAGCCAAAAACCAGAAGGGAUGAGCGGGAAAACCUCACGUUAGGAGUAAAAAGCUCUGCGCUCACUUCAGUCACGACUCAGUUCAAGAGUGAGCACACGUUAGGAAAUAAGACGCCUGAGAUUGAAAUACCUCUUUAAACGAUACAAUGCUGUUUCCUUUCUGACUCGAGCUCCACCCGACCAUGUUACAUGGUAUGCAGGACAUUCCUAAGUGAGGCACCUCGUUUUCAUUCAAUAACAGCUCAAGAAAACUUUUUAAAAACUCUGUCAUGCUGCAAGAUGCAAUGCUCCUGUAACCUAAUGUUUCCUCCCCAGUCAUGCAGAACUACUCAAUGGAUCGUAUAUGGUGGUAGGAUGGGACAUGGGCCAUCCAAUACAUUUUGGCGUGGAUCUGGACAAAAGAACUUUGUGAGAUUAGGUGUUUUUUGACAUUUUCCCCACCGUCCCAGGGAAUAAUGCAUGGAUCAUAAUGAAAUAAAAAACAGACAUAUUUAGGGGGCUGAUAUCUAGGAGUGUGUGCAAAUUGCCCGAUUGAAUUUAAGGGGACUGUUGGGCCUUGGCGGAGGUACACACUCAUUCAAGGCCUCUGACAGAGAACUAUUAGAUAAUCGAUGCACAACUUGUUGUGUUUAUACUAUUGUGAUUGUGGCAGAAAAAUGUGGAGCUCAAAAAAACCUUUGUACAUAUCUGUCUUUGUCAAUUAAAAAUUAAAUUCACUAA